AUGACAGAUCAAAGGGAAUGGAAUAUUCAGCUCAUUCAGCAAAUCUUUAGCUCUGACACUGCUCAAGUCAUCAUUAAUCUUGAUAUUCACCCCAGAGAAGAAGAGAGUAUUCACUGGAAAGUCAACAACACAAGAAAAUUCUCUGUUAAAGCUUUAUACAAAUCCAAAAUAGAGAAUCUCUAUAGAAAUGAUCAAACAACAAGAGACUGGAGAGCUAUAUGGAACUUGGAAGUGGCACCAGCUGUCAAAAAUUUUCUCUGGAAAUGUGCUCAUGAAAUUCUUCCAACUAAUGCCAAAACUGCAAGCAUUCUCCACUAUAUUGAUUCCAUAUGCAAAUUAUGCAACUAUGGGGAGGAAUCUAUGACACACAUGUUCCUCAACUGCCCUGCUGCCACUGAAGUCUGGCAGCAAAUGUUAGAUGGAAAUCAUGGCUUAUUUGAUCACCAUACUGUUUUCAUGGACUGGUUUAAUGACUGGUUUCACAACGCGAACAUCAGUCAUAAUGUCUGCAUCUAUGCUACCACUUGUUGGUUCAUUUGGAAGGCUAGAUGUGAUCUAGUUUUCCAAAACAUCUCUCCUAAUGCUAAGAAUACUACUCUCAGCAUUCAACAACAUCUCUGUGAUCAUAACAAAAUUCACAAGUUACAUUUCUAUGCCUUGAAUACUCAGGGGCAUAUCAUUGAGAAUGAGUCCCAUAUAGCUACUCCUGAAACUAUUUUUGGGAUCCAACAACACAAGCAAAGCUUUGGUUUCUUAAUCAAAAUCUGUACUAUUCAGGAUCCCAGCACUUAUCAGUUUUUCUCUGCACUAACUAUUACUGAUUUUGCAGGCAACUAUGUUGAUAGCAGAGGACACACAUGA